AUGACAGACAAAGGCUCUACGCGCUACUUAACGGUCACCUCUGAGGCUACUAGAGUAUCACAACCACCAAAAUCAUCCCCCAUUGAAACAAGGAUGGAACAUGACAAUACCGCAAUGACCGGACCACCCACCCGAGCGGGCCAUAAUACCGACGUUUACAACCUCGGGCUAACCUCAUCAACUCUUAUUAAUGCAAAGUUGUCCUUGCGAACUUUAGUCUCUUCAGACAUCACCGGGAUUGAUCACUACAAGUUUCAGGAAAGUCACCUCCAGUGUAUGAGAGUACUGUGGGCAGAAACGCCUCCUACUUCAAGAUACCACUACCGCAUUAGAAGGCGUGUGGAAGAAUGGUUCAUUACCAUUAGCCAAGUCAGAGACUUUGCUGUCAAUCAUAUCAUCAAACAUUCGGGCUUGGAGGAGGCACAAUACCAGGAGAUAGUGAGGCUGAGAAUUGCGGUGCAUUCCAACCAGGACAAGGGUCAAGUAAUAAAUGACCGGAUGAUUAUCCUGGUGCACGCAGGGUUGGAUACUAUUCCUGCUGGGUCCAGUGGAGAUCCUCCGAUCGAGUCGAUCGACUUCAUGAGCAUCAGGGCUGCGCACGUCCUCCUAGUAGCGGCAUGGAACAGUUUAGGGAGGGAGCUUCAAGAGGUUCGCCGUGUUGAAGGGCUCGAUCACAUUUUUGGUUCCGGUUCACUCACUGAGGAUGAAACACACCUUUCCGUUGCAAUCUCGGCAUAUUGGCUUGCCGAGGUAGACUUGGCAUAUGGGGAACUAUAUAGCGACCAACCCUAUCAUUACACCGAAUUAUUUAUGGAGGGCUGUUGA